AUGCAGCUUUAUCAUCACCCGUAUUCCUUGGACAGCCAGAAGGUGAGGCUUGCUCUGGAAGAAAGAGGCGUCGAUUACACGUCAUACCAUGUCAAUCCCAUCACAGCCAAGAAUAUGGACUCAUCCUUCUUUCGGAUGAAUCCAAGUGCUAGACUUCCUGUUUUCCAAUAUGGUUCCCACAUCAAAUUUGACACUAUAGAGAUAAUUCAGUAUAUAGAAAGAAUUGCUGCAGUCUCUUCUGGUGGCGAUAACAUGAUCCUUAGUGGCAGAGAAGAAGUUGAAUGGAUGCAUAAGAUACAAGAGUGGAACCCAAAGUUUUUCACACUAUCUCAUACCCCUGAGAAGUAUCGCAUCUUUGUUUCCAAAUUCAUCAGGAGAGUGGUAAUUGCUCGGAUGGCGGAGUCCCCUGAUCUAGCAGCUGCUUACCACCGUAAGCUAAGAGAUGCAUAUGAAACAGAAGACAAGUUGAGAGAUGCUGAAGUUCUGAAACGGAGUGAGGAACAUCUGAUAAGGCUUCUUGAUGAGGUGGAGACUAAAUUAAACGAAACAUCAUAUUUAGCAGGGGAAGAGUUCACUUUAGCCGAUGUAAUGCUCAUUCCUGUGCUGGCUCGACUGGUACUCUUGAAUAAGGAAGAGGAGUAUAUUAACACCCGGCCUAACAUAGCUGAAUAUUGGAAUGUGGUGCAGCAGAGGCCUAGUUAUCGAAAGGUCAUUGGUAGGUACUUUGAUGGCUGGAAGAGGUACAAAACACUACUAAAAACAUGGUGCUUUGUGCGUAUUAGAAGCAUGCUAGGAAGAUACUGA